AUGGUGACUGUUGAAAUUAGCCACGUCCAAGGGGUUCGCGUGCACUGGAUCACGAGUAGAAUAAGCGUGCCGGUCACGGAUGUUCGGGCCCUGCUGAACCCUGUGCGUGUGCCAGAACAUGAAUACCCUGGUGCUCUGUUCCCGGGGACGGAGAGGUAUGAGGCUCCCGAGGAGGAGAAGCCGGUGAUGAGGUUCAAACAGGUGGAUCCCUUGCCGGGCCAGGAAAAGAGGUAUCCGACGUAUCAUUGGCCGGGGGGGAUUCCAAGCUGUGUGCAAAAGUUUCCGUUGCUGGGGUUGACGGAGGAGCAGAGAGACGAAGGGGAGGAUGAUUUCCUCGAGGGCCAUACGCUAGUGGAGGAGGCGAGGGGGUGGUUGUUGUUCGUGAGGGAAAAUUGGAUUCCACGCGAAAAGGCUGGCAUCACGGAAGAUGAAGAUGAGGACUAUGAGUUGCGACAACGGCGAGAUCUCGUCGAGCGAUGGGCUUUGGCGGAGCAGUCUUUUCGCGACUUCUUCCAUUAUCGGGCAGCGCCCCGGAAAUCAGCCAUAGAUUAUCCCGAGGCAUGUCUACAUCGGAUUGAAACCCGACGCCACCAAUUCGGCGAAUUCAUCUGUCUCGCAGAUAUAGACACGCCCGAGAAACGGGCCAGAUUCGUCAAGAUUCUUAUUCUCACCUACCAGCUAGACGGCGAGACCAUGCAUCCCUUUGGUGACGAGGUCAUUCCAACGAUGGUGCAGCCCAACCCAGCCAGCUUUCCGGACCCAAAAACGUUCUCGAUAGACGACUUCAUGAUGUGGGCGUUUGUCGAAAACGCCGACUUCACGAGCAUGACGAUGUCUCGGAGCGGACACGUUCUCUUUAGAUACGGCAUGAUGGGGCACAAAUUCAUCGACCAGAACACCAUCGACACGGGGCGCAUAUCGAUGGUGGAAUUCAAGACCAAUGGCAUGGUGGACAAGACUGCCAUGAGGCUUCCGUUCAACAUCUUUCAGGCAAUGUCGUAUGUGAAUGGGUUGGGCUGGGGAGUUGAACGUUUGGAAGAGCAGAUGGCCGGUGGAAAUGAGUCAAGUAAUGGACCCUUGGACUUUGAUCUUCCGGUCCUUGAUAUUCUCGAGUCCGGGUUUGAAAAUGAGUAUCUCUCCUUCGAGGGGGGUGUGGAGACGUGGGCGGAAGAUAUCGAGAAAUAUGCACCGGGGUAUCUGGCGCUGGAGAAGGAAGGGAAAGCGGCCGAGUAUGAUAUACGAAAUCUUAUACCAGAACCAUAG